ACAAGACUUGCUUUAUAAGGUGUAACAAUUUUUCUAUGAGCUUGCCUAAGCAAUUAAAACUGUCAUGCAAUCAGCAUUUGCCUGCCUUUAAUAGCCUUGAUUCUUCACAAAGGAAAGAAGAUAAAGAUGCACAUUUUAAAAAUGAGAGUUCGCUAAAAAUUAUUCCUAAAAAGCCUCAAAGGCAUAGCCUUCCUGCAGCUGGCCUGUUGAAAAAGGCUGCCUCCGAUGAAUGUGUAGAGAAAAGGACUUGCUUUCUUAAUGAAGAAACUUUGUCAGAGACAGUUUUGGAGGGACAACGAGUAAGACAUUUAUCUGCCAAAGUACAAAGUACAUUGCUAUCUUGUGGUGUUCCAAAAUCAUCUCUGGAAAAGCCUAUCUGGAAAUUACCUCAUCCUAUCCUUCCAUUUUCAGGCAGUCCAGAAGCCUUAAAAAACACCAAGAGCUCAAAAAGCAAUGAUCUUCCAUGUGUUGUGACAAAACCUCGAGCCAAAUCUUUGUCCUCUGUAGAUAUGGACAGAAUAAACAAGCCCCAAAGAGAGACUCAGAAGAAAAGUUCAUUAAAGAAAUUCCUAAACAUGAAAUUAUCUGUUUGUAUAAUAAAAAGUGACUUUCAGAGGUUUUUGGCCAAAGGCAGCCAAUCUGCAGAUAAUACUGCUGUUACUUUUUCUAGCAGGGAAGGAUGUGGCAAAAACUGGAAUGUAACUUGUGCAACCAGUGGAAAAAAAACUAAACCCUCAAAGGCACAUUCUAUAGAAAAAUGCAGCCCACCCUCACAAAAGGGUAAGCAAAUAUCAAGGAGUCGAAACGAAAUGCCAGCUGAUCAGACACCACUAUCUGUAGAUGAACAACCUUCCACAUUGCAUGGGCACUUGAAUUCUUUUUCACAUGACCUCACACCAGAAUACGAAAAUGUGAGCCAUUAUGAGGCAAUCACAGACUAUGAAAACUUGUCUUUUGCAUUAACUGAGAAAAAUGCAUGUUUUGAGUGGCAGAAUUCUAGUAAUAUUGAAGACCACGACACCAGCAUAUAUGAGGUGGAAGAAGUAUAUGAAGCCACAAGGAGCUACUCCAAGUUUAGCAGGCCAUCCACAGAGGAUCCUGAUGAUUCCGGUUUGAUGCUUGGAGAUCUGCAUUCUGAUGAAGAGAUUAUAUCGAGAGAUGUCAACAGUUCAGAUGAUGAAGAUGAUGAUGAUGAUAGCAAUUCAGAUUCCAGCAAAGGGGAACAUGAUACACAAGAAAAUAAUCAGGCUAAAGCAGCUGGGAAAAAAACAAAGGUUUACCAUAUUGCUAAAGAAAUCAUGAGCUCAGAAAAAGUGUUUGUAGAUGUGCUAAAGCUCUUGCAUAUUGUAAGUAUUCUGCUCAAAUGAUUGAGAAAUUAUUUG